AUGUACAAAUGGAUCUUCAUAGAAAUAAGCAAAGCUGUUGGUGUUCCAGCGAGACCAGUUACCGACUUGCAGCAAGGCGAUGUAUGUCGGCAUGUGGAUGUGGGCGAGCGAGUUGGUAUGGUAUGGCAUGAGCAUGAGCAUAGAGAUGGAGAACGCAGCGUAGGAGUGAUGGUGGUGAUGGCUGCAUCCACCAUAUUCCAUCCGUUGUGUACUUUCAUGGAUAGGACACCACAAGAAGUAAAGAAUAAAAUAAUUGCUUACACUUGCAACAAUGUGGUAGAUGCACAUAACUGUGCCCUGGUGGACAAGUCAUUUCUCUGGCAAGCUCGUGAAUAUCUUUUUGGUGUCGUAGACAUUGCGGGAAGUCACAGAAACUUUAUACCUCAAACAGCACUCCUCAUUGACAUAGCAGCUCACAAGCUCCACCAACUCCCAAAUGUUCUAUAUCAUAUCCGCGCUGUUACCUUCCAUGGCAUUUCACUUGAUGAUCGUAAUACCUUUCUUCUUUAUAUUAUCACCAGUAUUAGCGAUCUUACAAAAGCUAGAGCUUCGGGUAGCAUACUCUCUGAAACUAGGUUUUUGUCAUGUCUAGAUACAAAGUCACAACUGUCCACUGAAGCAGAGCUCAGUUUCGAAGGCCUUAAUCAUUUAACCAACCUUUCCUUCUCUGGUGCAAUGUCUGCCUUGCAGUUCCUGCAUCGUUCAAUAGAUACAUUGACUCAGUCCAACCUUGACCGAUAUUCGGCUUCGACGCAAUAUUUCGUCGUUGUUUCGUCUGUUCCUACUGGGACCUUGGAAAAGCUAGAUGAAUCUCUGUUGCUACAACGUGCACAUGCCAUUGGAGAUGUGGAUAGGGAUAGUUUCAAGGAAGAUACAUUUCCGAAAUUCCAUACAUGUGGUUCAGAAAAAGUUUAUUUUCGAGUUCUCAGGUCGUGA